GGCUCCGCGACUUUUUUUGCAAUCCCAAACGAAAGUUCCCCAAGAAUUUAUUCGUCCUCAAAAGUGAAAUUUAGGCGUAGUUUUCGGAAUUCUUGAAAUUAAAAGUUGUUGCGACAGGUUGGGCAUAAUGUCCGAGUGUUGAAUUUUGUUUUGGUAAGAUCGCGCGCGCUUCUAGGAAUACCAGCCAGGCGAAAGGAAAAACGGAACAAAUUGCUUAUAGGGGGGACAUUGUUGAAGACCUCCAUCAUGACGAGCAUGGAGCACGAAGCGAUCAAACUGGCACCGUCUGUUGUCGAGAAUCCUCCCCCGCAGGAUGAUCUGGACCUCGAAGAGGGCGAGGUGACAGACGAAAGUGAGGAGGGAUACACACCGUUGCCUCGGCCUGAACUUGGCAAGCCUACAGAAUUUGCGGGCGGAGCGAGUGUGAGCCAACCACGUACUGGUCCCAUGGAAAUUCCCUCCGAUCAAGAUGACGACUUGAACGACGACGAUGAUUCGGAUGCCGAUUCCGACGAUAGCGACGUACGCGGUAGCUUUGUCAAACGUAUGCGAGGUGUCAACGAUCAAAAGCUACGGGUUAAACCACCACUGGAUAAACUUCCACAUCCUCAACUGCCGCCGAAUCAGCAACGGCUUCCUAGCAAGUAUAACAUCUGGGCCGAAAGUCUUCAGGAGGACACCCUGAUGGAAAACAUGCGCGGCUGUGAUGUCACACUGAACGGGAUGCGCAAUCGAGACGUCGAAUCGUACGAUUACAAUCUUAAGUACCGAAUGGCCAACGGUACCAAUGCAUUUCAUAGAUCACUGAAAAGACGACAGUCGAAUUCGGAUGACUCGGAUGGAUACGGGGGAGGAAAACGGUUCCGAUCCGCUUCCUUCGGUAGCGUUCACCGGAAGGACCGGAUCAGCGUCAAACAGCGGCUUGGCAAACGAAACAGCAGCGAUAGCAACAGCAACGACAGUUUUCAAAAUGCUCCAAGAUUUGCUUCCAGGCACAUUUUGGAUUUGAAGUUCGACGAAAGCUUUGACAAUCAAUCGUUUGCCUCGGAACUGGCCAAAAAGUUGUGCGAAGAGAAGGACGACCUGAUGUUAAGAAUAGUCAACGUUUUGGGCAAAGAGAUACCAGUGAAAUUGUUCAAAGAAACACAGAAAAUUGAGGCCGAUGGUGGAAUGCUUAUAAUGAAUGGAGCCCGUCGUCGAACACCGGGUGGCGUGUUUUUGUUCUUACUCAAACACAAUGAAGAAAUCGACAAGGAGGACAAGAAGUCCAUUUUCCUCGAGGACAAGAAAGCCACCAUUAAGGAGCGCAAAAACUCACAGGCCAUCAACCGGGAGAAGAAGGUCGAAGAGUUGAAGAAAACUCUCAACCGCCAGGUGGCCGAAAACGAACUGCCAACGCGAAGCGAUUUGAUGAUGUCUCAUCUGAAACCGGAAACACACAACACCUUAUCAAACCCACCUCCAUCACCAGUGGGUGAUGAAAACCGGGAAGGAAGCCCAGAUUUCGAGCCUCAAAACGUGCAUCUAAACGUCACAAGCCCAGAAAAACCACAAGCAUCGGACAAGCGCCCAGGUUCACCGGCCGCUGCCAGUGGUUUCCGAGAGAAGCAACCGCCAGAGUUGCUCAGCUACGAUGACGAUUGUCUGGACAUGACCUGCGACGACAUGGACCUAUUCUAGCGAGCAGAAGUGAAUCGGAAGUUCUCGACACAGCUACACUGGCUAGUACAAUAAUCAGAAGAUGCGAUGCAGGAGUUCGGCGGUCGAUUGAUGAAAAACUAACCCAUUGAAGGGUUUUUGUAUAGACUUUUUGCGUGAUAGUUGCGAACGAACGAACGGAACCUUUUGCCCUCUUUUGUUGGGCGAACGUGACGGUGUAUUUCCGUCUUCAAAUAGCACACACAGCCUAUUGAGCGGGAAAAAAGAGUGUGUCGAUGCUGGAAGCUGAACAGUUCCGCUAAUGCAAGAAAAUUUUAGGCAAGCUUAAAAUGUGAACUGUGGGUUAAUCAAAUCAAUUAAUUUGGUACACAUACAUUACAUUGAAUUUAACAAAAUUUAACGA